AUGGAAACUUUUCAGAUGGUCAAUAAAGUGCUUCAACAUAUUGUAAUUUGCAAGUCAGAAAGUUUAAGGAAAUUAUGGAGAGUGAAGACGAUUAUCCGGGACGUUAAAUCAAAAGUUUCCAUCUGGAUCUUACUAUUGGUAGUACGGGUUGGAAUGGUGAAAGCUAUAAUAGCAGUUUAA